AUGAUUGUAGUAUACUGGAACAAAUCAUCUAUACCCCUUUCUGCCUCCCUUCAGGAGGCACUCGGAGCUGCAUUCCUCAAGGUGCUGGAAGCAGCACAGAUUGACCCAGAAAGCCCGGGAGGGGUGCGCAUUCCAGAAUACAUGAUUGAAGGACAGAAGGGGUUUGAUGUUACAGGCAUGGAUUGUGACUCUAGCAGCAGUGCCUCUCAAGAUACCAACAGUGCUCACAGUGCUUACAAUGUCAGCAGCGGAGGUUCUGAUGUCAGCCGGGGGGGUUCUUUUUCCAACAGCAGAUUUUCAGCUUAUAGCACUGUAAAUUCCAGUGGUGGGAGCAACAGCAGUGAAGAGAGAGGGAGGUUCCAAGUGAGAGCGGUCAGGCAUUUAACUGUGAGGAAAGUGCGGGCAGAGGGGAGGAUGUGGAAGUUCUCCCGUGUGGAUGGGAUCGAGUACAAGCAGGGAGGCGGGCGGAAAACAAAUAUUGUGGAGGUUUACCCUGCAGCAUGGCGGCAGCAGCUCAAGGGGGACGCGCAGGACGAGCCUGCAUGUGCCAGGGAGCAAGAGCACCCCACAUGGACCUCAGAGCACAUCAUUACGGAGUGCCCUGCGCUGCUUGCAUGGCUAGCUCGAGAUUUGCCGUGA